AUGACUGACCGCAUAAUCUCCUUCAGUUCGAUACCGACCGUCGGCUUUAAUAUGAAACGCGUACAACAGGGCCAUGUGACUCUGAAAUGUUGGGAUAUUGGCGGCCAGCCAAGGUUUCGAACUAUGUGGGAGAGAUAUUGUCGCGGCGUCAAUGCUAUCGUCUUUAUCGUAGACAUCGCAGACGUAGAUCUCAUUCCGCAGGCUAAGGAUGAGCUGCAUUCCCUCAUGAGCUAUCCGACAUUAGCUGGAAUUCCCCUUCUGGUGCUUGGCAACAAGUCUGAUUUGCCUCAGAAACUUUCCGUCGAUGAACUGAUUGACGAAUUGGAUUUGAAGCUGAUUCAAGGAAGAGAAGUCUGUUGCUAUGGUAUCAGUGCCAAAGAAGAAACUAACCUCGAUGCUGUGGUUCAGUUUCUUGUGAAAUGGGCCAGCCGAUGA